AUGUGCGCCAGAACUCGCUCCUUCUUGUUGAAAGUCCCCCUCUGUAUUUCCCAUCUAUCUAUCUAUCUAUCUAUCUAUCUAUCUAUCUAUCUAUCUAUCUAUCUAUCUAUCUAUCUCAGUCUGUUUCUAUCUAUCUCAGUCUGUUUCUAUCUAUCUAUCUAUCUAUCUAUCUAUCUAUCUAUCUAUCUAUCUAUCUAUCUAUCUAUCUAUCUAUCUCAGUCUGUUUCUAUCUAUCUAUCUAUCUAUAUCUAUCUCAGUCUGUUUCUAUCUAUCUCAGAUGUUUGUUUAUCUAUCUAUCUAUCUAUCUAUCUAUCUAUCUAUCUAUCUAUCUAUCUCACUUUGUUCAUAUCUCCUCCUUUCUCUUUAUCUAUCUAUCUAGCUUACAGCCAUAUCACAUUGAAAAAUGGCUUCUCUAUCUAUCUAUCUAUCUAUCUAUCUAUCUAUCUAUCUAUCUAUCUAUCUAUCUAUCUCAGUCUCUUUACAAUCUAUCUAUCUAUCUAUCUAUCUAUCUAUCUAUUCGAAUUCGUUAAUUUCCCUUCUCUCUCUAUCUCUCUGUCUCGGUAUCCCUCCUUGUCUCUCUUUAUGAAAAAAGAAUAA